ACUUUCCCUCUGAGAUCGGCCCAAUAUCCGAGCAAAUUAAGAAGACACGCGACAAGAGAAAGAAGGGAGAUCAUGGCUCGUGUCACUGCACUAGUGGCCCUUGUUGUCCUAGGUUCGCUGGUCGCCUCGGCGACGUCGUCGGAGGAACUGCAUUGCUGCACGGACCACCACAGCUGGGGCAACGGGUUGAAGAACAUCGGCUGCAAGCUGCCGGAGCAGAACGGCGAGUGCAACGCGUGGUGCCAGUCGGGCUGCCGCGGUGGCGAGUGCAAGAUGCGUGACGGACUGCACUUCUGCCAUUGUUACUGUUGACCAGGCACGGCGGUGUUCCGCUGUUCAAAUUUGUAUGCAACGAGUUGCAGUUAGAUGAUGCCCUGCAUGUUGCUGCGAGAGUUGAUUGCAAUAUAAUUUAAUUCGAUUUGGUUGUAUGAAAUAUGAAUAUUUAGAUUGAUAAUAUGAGAGUGGAGAUUUAUUAAAAUAAAUACGAUUUAUCGA